GCUUUCUGACCACAGCUUGGAGCGUACAGGUGUGUUGGCAGUGCUUCUUCUUCUGCUGCUUCUUCGGCGAGGAAUUGAUGUUUGCUGCAACCCUCAUCCCUGCGCAGCUCAUCGCAGAUCCACGGGCUUGGACGUAGGAGGAUCAGGUGUAGGUGACGAUAAAAGAGUGUGGGAGCUUCUCGGUUGUGGCGAGUGUGUGCAUGUGUGUGUUUUAUUAUUAUGUAUAUAUCUAUAUCUAUAUAUAUAUAUAUACAGAUAUUUUUCCGAGUGUUGUUGUUGUAAUAUGACUAUUGAGCGGUGCAGAGGUGAUUGAAGUUGUCGAGGUUGCUCAGAGAGGAUUGGAUAAGGUGAGUCGGAUUCUUAGGCACUGUUCUGUUGAUGGAUUGCCUUCUGCUGCAGAAUGCUGCGCAACGUAGGUUUGCAAUGGUACGUUGGUUUUUGCCUCGUAUGAAGACGAUUUGCUGUUUGCUUGUUUAGGUCAGAUCCUGUUUUGUCUUCUUUUUCUUUAUUUUUGACGGUUUUGAGAUUUUUCUCCCGAAAGCAUUUCCAGGUGACGUGAAGUUUUUUUGUCGUUAUGGACGUAUUGGUGUCCGUAGUGAAACGCAUCGAGAUUCCUUCAAUCUAGCAUUUUCUCUAUCCUGUUGUGCGGUCGGUCAUCGGCGUUCAUGUCAUUCUUAAAGAUCAGUCUCGAGGCUAUCUUUGUUUCCUCUACGCGCUGUGCGCGCCCUUGGGUGAUCUGGUCGUAGGGUUGUUGAAGUAUAUUCAGAGUGUAUUUCCGUUGCUUUGAUGUGUUAGUUUCUAAUAUUCCAUCACACAUUUGGGUUCAACGGGAAUAUCAAUUUCUGCGUAGUGUUCUAAGUAAUGUGUGCAGGGAAUUUCACACCCUGUGCUGAUGUCGCACAUUCGUUGUGCAUUGUGUGAAGCUGCACAUUGCGUCUAUUUCCGCUUUCCAGUUGUUAGAUCUUCCUAGCUGAGAACUCGAACUAUUUAAGUGAGAAACAUUACACGCACACUUAGCUGUGAGACGAGUAAUACCGAAGGUGGUUUGAACUUCCGUUCAGGACACAUUGAUCUUGUUAUAGCAUCCGGAUUGGAGAGUUCUUUAUUCAGCUGGUUUGGCAAUUUUGAAACUGGACCAAACUCGUGCAUGGCUUCCAGUGUAGGAUAUUGACUUACUCAUGGCAGUGUUCCUCAACUGACUGAAGACCAAAGGAAGGCCACAACCAACGCUUUCUUACCUGUGACAAGCUUUUGAAAUUGGACGAAUAAACCGCUACUCCAAAGAAACUAUGAUGAAUUCAGUAAAAAGUAUGUCGGACAAAUCCGACAAAAAAGUUGACAGGAAAGAUGACAAGAAAGGUGGAGUCUCAGAUGUCGGGGCUUGGGCAAUGAACAUUAUCAGCUCCGUGGGGAUCAUCAUGGCGAAUAAGCAAGUUAUGUCCGCAGGGGGCUACAACUACAGAUUUGCAACGACGUUAACUGCAUUUCACUUCACAGUGACAGCAGCAGUGGGUUACAUAUCUUCUUCUCUAGGCUACUCUGUCUCCAAGCAUGUGCCCUUCAGAGAUUUGUUCCUGUUCUCCUUGGUGUCAAACACAUCAAUUGUUUCCAUGAAUUUGAGUCUUAUGCUCAACUCAGUGGGUUUCUAUCAGAUUGCGAAGUUAAGUAUGAUACCCACUGUAUGUAUAUUGGAAUGGAUACUCCACAACAAGACUUACACUAGGGAAGUGAAGCUAUCCGUUUUUGUUGUCAUGAUCGGGGUAGGUGUGUGCACCGUGACUGACGUAAAUGUCAACUUCAAAGGAUUUAUGUCGGCAGUGGUGGCAGUGAUUUCUACCUCCCUUCAACAGAUUUAUAUUGGUGCGCUUCAAAAGAAACACAGUUGUGGUUCGUUUGAACUGCUAAGCAAGACAGCACCUAUUCAAGCAGCAUCGCUUCUUCUGAUAGGUCCCUUUGUUGACCACAUUCUGAUUGGAGAAGUUUUACUAAACUAUACGUACACCGCAGGAGCCAUUUUCUUUAUACUUCUUUCGUGUACACUAGCGGUGUUCUGCAACGUGAGCCAGUACUUGUGCAUCGGCCGGUUCUCCGCUGUGACAUUUCAGGUCUUGGGACAUAUGAAGACAGUCUGCGUCCUGACUUUGGGAUGGAUUUUAUUUGACUCUGUGUUGACCGGAAAGAAUUUAAUGGGCAUGUUCAUGGCCGUCGUGGGGAUGAUCACGUAUAGUUGGGCUGUGGAAGUCGCCAAGGCCCAAGCAGCUAAGUCGGCAACCGUGAAGGUGAAGGAGGCGUUUAGAGAAGAGGAAUCAUUGCUUUUGAGAGGUGACGCAGAUCUUGAGUAUGGGAAAUCGGACAAGGAGUGAAAGAGAGCUCCAACUUCCGGACAUUUUUAUAGGGUCUUGGACCUAUGGCACUUUCAACCUAGCAUUAAUCUCUAAACCCUCAGCCCCUAUGAUCUCAUGGUCGAACUCAGCUUCUUAACAUUUAUUUUUCUAUUUAAAUAUUCUUUUAUGACUAUGAAGUCUAGUGGCCCCAAUUGGUUCAUUAGCACAAGCCGAUUUGAACUGAAUUUUCGAUAUUUCAAUACAUAUUUCAAAAUUUUAAACUCUGAUUCCUUGAU